UUUUUUUUAAAAUAAAAAAAUAAAAAAAACAUGGUCAAAGACACUGAUCCAAGCAUUAACGAAAGCACAUUUUUAUUAGAAGCUUUAAAACAAGGAAAAAGAGUGGAUGGUCGUGAAGUUUAUGAUAUGCGAUCCAUAGAGAUUACAUUAGGAAAUGAUUAUGGCUAUGCAGAAGUACGAUUAGGAAAGACAAAAGUUGCAGCUCAUGUGACAGCUGAGGUAGUUCGACCUUAUACCGAUAGACCAUCAGAGGGUGUGCUUUUAUUCAAUACAGAGAUAUCACCCAUGGCAGCACCUACAUUUGACACAUCAAAUCGUUCAGAGGAGGAAAUAUUAAUCAGUCGUAUUGUAGAAAAGGCAUUACGUAGAAGUAGAGCUAUUGAUACAGAAGGGCUCUGUAUUGUCUCUGGAGAAAAAGUAUGGCAGAUUCGCGUUGACCUUUUGUUCCUUGAUCAUGAUGGUAACCUGGUAGACUGUGCUUGUAUAGCAGCAAUCACCGCCUUAUUACACUUUAGAAGACCUGAUGUCACUGUAUCUGGUGAAGAAGUAACAAUUCACCCCAUAGAUCAAAGAAAUCCCGUGCCUCUAAGUAUUCAUCAUAUACCGAUCUGUAUUACGUUUGCAUUCUUUGAUAAAGGUGAAUUAUUAGUUGUCGAUCCAAAUCAUUUAGAGGAACAGUGUAAAGAAGGCAACAUGACAAUAACCAUGAAUAUCAACAAGGAGAUUUGUGCUCUAUCUAAAGCAGGCGGAAUACCAUUAGAAAUGGAUCAAGUAUUAAGAUGCUCACAAAUUGCGCUUAUCAAAGUAACCGAAGUGACAGAAUUGAUUCAAAAGACAUUACAAGACAACAAGUCAUAAAUAAACUACCGUGUUUUGAAUAUGAAUUUGAGGUCAGUUGAAAAGUAUAUCAAAAGAGGGCAAUAGCUUUUUUACUUCUGUUGGAACAUCUUUUAAGCUGAUGAUCCAUUCAAGGUCUUCCGAAUAAUCAUGAACUAUACAGUUAAAAUCUUUCAACCUAUUUUUGUAACUGCUUGAAAAAAAUAUAAUUCAAAGCACCAAUCUUUUAAAUGAGUUGAAAAGAAAGCCCUUGUGCCUAUUGAAGGAGUUUCGAGUCUAUAUUCAAGAUAUUCGUUUUCUUUAGAGACCUUUCAUAUCAUUUUUACCCAGUGUAUCCAUUACAUUUGAUAGGCACGCCAAGUAAUGCUCAGUUCUUGUUCCAACUUUACCAUUGACUUUAGUUUCCUUACCGUUCGCCUUUCUCUCUUUU